AUGGGGCCGACUUCGAAUUUCCACGUCAUCGUCAUCGGCGGCAGUGUUUCAGGCCUUACAAUGGCCUUGAUGCUUGAGCAGAUGGGAGUCAGUUACACCCUUCUCGAACAAGGGCCUGCCAUUGCCUUUGCUGGAGGGGCAAGCAUUGGUCUCCAGCCCCAUGCACUGCGCAUCAUGGAUCAACUCGGCUUAUAUGAGGACAUCUUGAAAACCACGGUUCCCAUGGUGCAGCACUACCAUCGACGGCCGGGUGGGAAAAUGUUUUCCACUUCUAAUUUCUCCCGACAUAUCGAAGCAAGGCACGGUUAUCCGAUCCUGUUCUUCGAGCGAGAAGAAUUACUUCACAUCCUAUACGGCCACCUCAAAGACAAGCGAAAUGUCCUGACGUCGAAGAAGGUGGUGAAGCUUGAGUCCAACAUAGGUGGAGUAAGAGCCGUGACUGCUGACGGGUCCAUCUUCGUGGGCGACAUGGUUGUUGGGGCCGACGGCGUCCACAGCUUCACGAGAAGGACCAUGUGGCAUAUCAUGAGUGAAACAGAGCCGGAACUGGCAGAGAAGGAGUCCAAAGCAAUGACUUGCGAAUAUGCAUGUGCAUUCGGGGUUUCGAUAUACGAGAGUGAUGAUCCAGACUUCAUUCCGGGCCAUGCUCACUUGACUUACAACGAAAAGAUCUCCAGCAUUGUUAUCUUGUCAACACGCAACAAGAUAUUUUGGUUUCUGAUUUUCAAGCACGACAAGAAAUACGUUGCGCCCAACAUCCCUCGAUACUCAACCAAGGAUGCGGAGGCCGCCAUUAAGGCGCAUGCUGGUUGGCAAGUGACGGAGACGACGACCAUCCAAAAGCUCUGGGACCAUAAAACCAAGUUCACAAUGGUCUCGCUCGAGGAGGUCGUGUUCGAAAGAUGGCAUCAAGAUAGGCUGGUUCUGCUCGGCGACUCGGCAUUCAAGGUGACUCCCAACGCCGGACAUGGUGGGAAUACUGCAAUUGAAAGCGCCGUCACGUUGGCAAACUUGCUCUACCAGGCGAGGAAUGGAACAGGCCCGCACAGACUCGACCACCAGGGCAUCCUCUCCAUUUUCGCCGAAUAUGAGCGGACCAGGCGAAAGAGAAUGCAACAGGCCUUCCAGGUUUCGGUGCUUGCCACACGUCUUCACGCAAUGGACAACUCCCUUUUCCGACUGCUCGGACUACACAUUCUCCCCCUUUUCGGGGAAGAGCUGGAAGCAAACGCUGCUACAGAACUGAUUCUUGGUGGUGUCCCCAUGGACUUCAUCGAGUAUAAAGGAAAGACCGGCACAAUCCCGUGGGAUGGUUGGUCCUUGCACCAAAAAGACCUAGACCGGUCCGGCUCACAAAGACUGUUCAGCAGAGUCGUGAGAACUGCCAACUGGAUCACCGCAGCACUAUUGGUCGCCGGGGUCGUAAGGAAUACGAACACCUCCACGUCUGUGAGCCAUAAGUUGCCCUUCUCAUUUGUCCACCGACAGAGUGACGCUUACAUUCAUCCGUGGGGUCUUGUUUCAGCUUGUAUGGACCUUCUUCCAAUCGCAGUCAUCAUUGCGGUGGAAGGUCAGCGGAGAUCGAACGCUAGAAAAUUACCGAUACUUCCCCUCCUCGCCGCCAUCUCACUCCUCUCUGGAGGCCUUAAAGUUCUCGGUGGCCUGUUUCUGCUGGUUUAUUUGGUCGACCUUGCGGUCAUGCCGGUCAAAAACCCGUAUUCUUUCGUGGUCCCUCCAACGAUCUCUGAAAACCUACCUUCUGCGGUUGUCCUUUGCGCCCUUGUCACUGGUUGCCUCCCGGUCGCAGCACCGCUAUUUGCUUACCUGCACAGGAGCUCGGCUUAUCAGUCGCUCCUCUCGGCAUAUAUUCAACUCUUCCCGCUUAUGGUCCUUGGUUUCAGCGAGAUCUUCUCAAAGCUAAACGCUUCGGUCAGUGUCUCAGAGUCGUUAGUGCAGGCACAUCUGGACCUCAACUACCUCAAAAAGGCAUACAUCCUUGCCAUGGCUGUUGCGUCCACAUCACGGGUUGUAACCAACAUAUUGGGCCUGGCACAUCUCAUCAGAGAUUCAAAGCUAUCUUCCCGCAUCGCACUAACACCAUCACCGUCACCGUCACCAAUUCUCCAUUUCAUUCUCGGCGGAUCCUCGCUGCCAUCCGACCUCGGUACAGCGUUUGUACUGUUCAUGCUUGCCGCCAUGAUUUUCGUCGUCUCCUCGGCGGUUGCCGUGUUGCCUUCGCGAUCGCGAGAUGGCAAGACAAUAUCCAAGGUGGCCGCCGCAAUGUGGAUUGCCACCGUACUUCUAGGACCUGGUUUUACUGUCUCCUUGCUUUGGAUUUGGCGAGAAGACAAAGUGAGAUGCGACCAACUGGUGACUUUGGAAGGAGCCAAGUCGGCAGGAGUAACUGUGAUUUGA